GCGUGGAUCGGCGUUGGCACCUUAACGCUCUGACUAUAUAUUUAACCUCCGAACAUGUCGCGGAUCCAAACAUUCCGGUGGAUCGUUAAAAGUGACUUAAAACCUGUCGAAAUGUUCGAUUGAGCGUGGUUGAAAAAUUCGUCUACGAGCAUUUCUAUUCUUCGCUUCUUUUUUUGUUGUUGUCGUUGUUGUUUUUUUUUCGUGACGAACGAGGAGCUUGGAGAAAUAUUACGAAACUCCUGUCUCGAUUUUAAGGCUUGUAUCCGAAAGGAAAAUUCGAUUUAACCGGAUGUGAAGAUUCGACGGCGAAGUGACUCGAUGUCGACGAAUCGCCGGGGAAAAAUCGUCGGAAAAGUGGUUCGUGUACGUGACAGUGUUCUGUGAUCGGGUAACGAGACCGUUUUCAUUAGCGACGUGUUUACAUGCCGCCGCUUUUCGUGACUUUAUCAGCGGCCCACUAAAUCCAAACCCUUUGUGCGCCCACGCCAAAUUUCUUCCUCGGCGAGGAGGGGGGCGGGGGCGGAAAGAGAAAAGAGGAAAAACUCGACUCACCCCCCGGCCUCGGCGGACCGCGAGUCUCACUCAAUUAGCGAUGAGGUCAACCCUCCCAAUGUCGUAAUUAAGCCUCGAAUUAUUUCAUCAACGAUCCUCCUCCGGGAGGAGCCCGUCGUUUAGUGCACAUUUAAAUCGAGUGGGGAAAAUAGUGGGGGUCAUAAUUGGAGAUAUUGAGGGGCAAGUUUGAGUGCUGAACUUGUCGAGCCUCCCGGAAAAUGGUGUUUGGAAAAGUUUUGGAGAGUGCGCCGGUGAGAUAGGAGCCGAAGGAAGUUGCCACCGCUCUCCGCAAACUCCGCAACUCCGAAUUUCCUUUUCCCAUACUUCUGGGCCUCUCGAGACACUUCCUCCGCGGUUAAGUGGCCAUUGGCAUUUCGGGGAAUAUCCGACCCUCCAGGAACUCGCAUAUUCGGGAGGGAAAGCUCAUAAAAUCGGAGCGGCCGAGUGAAAACUCGUGAAAAACUUGACUCCCUCGGACCGAGGGCCAGUUGCUCCGGCUCGCUUCCGAUUCAACCUCCCAAUUGUCGUCACGUGCUCGGGCUCGGCCUCCAAGUUUUUUCUUUCGUGAUUAACUUCUCCCCUCGGGCUGCCAACUGUCAAAAGAGCUUGCGGAGCACCGACGAGAUGGAGCGGUGAAAAGUCCUCUCGCAAUUACUCCCCUGCUGGCCACCCGUCCUGGCUUGCUCUUCCGAGACACGUUUUUCACACUUCAACUUACGAAUAGUGAAACUCCCAAGCUCGAAGAGAUAUUCGCCAUGAUCGAAGCUUCGAAAUUUCGUCAUCCCAAGUUCAGUGAACGAAACAGAGUGAAUUCAAUGGAUUAACGCUUUUGGGACGAGGAUACUCCGCGACCAUGCACAACGUCUGAUCCACCACGCUCCCUAUUCCUUCCUUCUUGACCCGAGGAGGAAUCAACUCUUGUCAAAUACAACCACGGACAUGGCUAUGAGAUGGCAAACCCGGCUUUCCAUUGCUGCUGUACUAUUCAUCUGCACGGAAGACACUCUGAGCAUGGGAGAUCGCGGCACCGAACCAGAACGGAGUUCCGGCCAGGCUAGACCCCGACAACAGUUGUUGGAUCCUGUUACCGGAUUAAAAAUGAAACCGGAUCCAACUUUUGAUUACACGCAACCAACGAACGUCACCGCUCUUAUCGGCAAAACGGCUUAUCUGACCUGCCGAGUUCGCCAUCUCGGUGACAAAACGGUGUCCUGGGUGAGACAUCGAGACAUUCACAUACUAACCGCAGGAGCUUACACUUACACGAGCGACCAGCGGUUUCAGGCACUGCACAGACAAACAUCGGGGCAAAACAGCGAGUGGACAGAAUGGACGCUUUGCAUAAAGUGGGCACAGGAACGAGAUCAAGGGAUUUACGAGUGUCAAAUAUCCACCAUACCUCUGAAGUCUCAUCAGUUUCGUCUGAACGUUGUUGUUCCAACGGCAGCAAUACUCGGGGGACCGGAAUUGUACGUAGGUGCCGGUAGCACGAUAAAUCUAACGUGUGCGAUAAGAUUCAGUUCCGAGCCACCGGCCUAUAUAUUCUGGUAUUACGACGACAACGUACUAAGCUACGACAGUCCACGUGGUGGAGUUUCCGUUAUAACCGAGAAGGGUACUGACGUUACGACAUCAUGGCUACUGAUACAAUCUGCACAGGCGUCCGACUCUGGUGAAUACAGCUGCAAGCCGAGCAACGCCAAUACAGCGUCAAUCAGAGUUCACGUGGUAAACGGCGAGAGACCGGAAGCGAUGCAGACUGGUACAGCGGGGCCGAUAUUAUCGUCGAGCUGUCUUCUCGUGUCACUCAUCAUUUUGUACAUAUCCUCGGUGUAAAGAUAAAUAAAAAAAUAAUAAAAAAAAAUAAUUAAAAAAAAAAAA